AUGAACACAAAACAUAAUAAUAGCACACAUUUUGAAAAGUUCCCAUGCACAACUAAUAUUCCUUACAGUGUUCAGAAUAACUUCAAUUUAGAAAAAGAUACAUUAAUAAAAAAUUUUGAAGAUAAGAAUGAACAUAUAAAUAAAAAGAGUUUUAAUAAAAAUUUGGGAAAUUUAAUAUAUAAUAUCUCAAAACUUAUAUUACACAAUUCAGAUAAUAAAAAUACUGACAGUAAUAAUAUUAAUAGCCAAAAUAGUGAUACUAAACAUAAUAUAACCAAUAACAAAAUCUGUAAUAAUAACACAACUAAUCAUAAUACUACCAAUCAUAGUAUAACCAAUAAUAAUAUUAACCCUAACGAUAAUCAAAAAAAUAAUCAUAUAAAUAACUAUAACGAUAAUCAAAAAAAUAAUCAUAUAAAUAAUCAUAUAAAUAAUCAUAACGAUAAUCAAAUAAAUAAUCAUAUAAAUAAUCAAAUAAAUAAUCAUAACAAUAAAAAAAACAGUAAAAGUAACAAUAAAAAUAACAAUAAAAGUAACAAUAAAAGUAACAAUAAAAGUAACAAUAAAAGUAACCUUAAUAGUAAUAUUACAUGCAGUGAAUACAAUUUGCUCAGCACAAAUAAAAAAAAUCAAGAUAUCACACAAGCAUUAGAGGAACAUUUAACAUCAGUCACAAUGAAUAAUAUAGAAAGUAAUAACUUUUUAGUGUGUGAUGAAAAUAAUGGUUUUCAUCAAGUUUUAAACAAUGUAGAUUAUAAUAAAAAGGAGAAGAACAAGAAUUUUAUUAACAACAAAUGUAAUAGUAAUAUACAUAUGAAUAAUAUUGAAAACCAAUUAUAUAAUAAUGUUACUAAUAUAAUUCCAACGGUUUCCAAGAAUAAAUAUAAUUUAUUUACAAAUAACGAAGAUUAUCAUCAAGAGAAUACUAAACAUAAUGAAAUAUUAUUUAGCAAUUCAGUUAACUUUUGUAAUAUGGCAAAUUAUGAACAAGAAAAGAAAAAAAAAGAAAUAGAAGGAUCAGAAAAUUAUAAAAUGAAUGAUGUAUCUAAACAUACUCAAAUGAAUUAUAUGUAUAGAAAUAUAGAAUAUUCUAAAGAAAAGGUAGAAGAAGAAUCUUUUGAAAAAAAUGUUGCAAAUUAUGAAGAAAAUGUACCUGAAUUUAUGAAUGAAUAUAAAUUAUAUAAUGAAAAAGUGAAACAUGAUAAUAUAAAUAAUCAAAUAAUUAAAGAAAUAAAAAAAAACAAAGGAAAUUAUAAUUUUAAAAAUAUUGUAAUAACUAAUAUUUUCCUUGGAAAUAUCCCACCAAAUAUCACAGAAGAAAGAUUAAAAAAUGUAUUAGAAAUAUUUGGUUAUAUAAUUCAUAUUGAAUAUAAAUGGUCUGUUGAUAAAUGGUCUUAUGCUUUUGUAUAUUUCAUUGAUGAAAAAUGUGCUGUUAAUGCUGUCAACUUUUUAAAUCAGAAAAAGUUUUUUGAUAAUUCACCUAAUCAUAAAUUAAUAUGUUUUAUUGUUUCAAAACAAAUUCCUCAUCAAAAUACGAUGCAUUACAGUAAAGAAAACUUCUCCUUGUUAAAGGAUGGACCACCAGGCGCAAAUUUAUUUUUAUAUGGAAUACCCCUAAAGUGGACCGAACUGAAUUUAAUACAGCUAGUAAAUAAAUACGGACACGUUGUAGGUUUAAGAAUUCCGUAUAUCAGUAAAGAGAAUGACAAGAAACAAGGUAAUAGAGGUUUUGGAUUUGUUUCUUAUGAUAACAAAAAAUCAGCUAUAGAAGCUUUUGAAGAAUUAUCAAAAAUGUAUAUACAUGGAAAGCUUUUAAAGGUUCAGUUAAAGAAUGGUGAAGAACAUUUAUUACCUGCAAAAUUAAAAAAUAUUUAUAAUACAAAUAAAAAUAAAUCAAAAGAUGUUACAAACCUGAAAACCGCACAAAGUUUAGUUAGUACAACAGAUACUUUAAAUACGUUUAAUUCUUUAACUUCAACCGAAGUAAAAAAGAAACUUAAAAAUAACAAGUGUUCAAAUAAUAAUAUGAAAUCUUCCGUUUUUAUUUCAAAUAAAAAUAGCAAUAAUAAUAGUACUAUAUAUAAUAAUGUUAAUAAUAGUAAUACUCAACACCUUUCAAUACCUGAUACGAAUAGCUCAAAAAGUUUAUUAGAAAACGAAUACAAAAAUAAGUUUCCUUUAAACAAUUCCAAUAAUUGCGAUUCCGUUCCUAGUAUAUAUUCAAAGAUGUUUACAAAUUAUUCGGAUAAAUAUGAUCUAAGUGUUGUUACCACUGAACAAAAUUUUCCUAUGUAUGCAUCUAAAUUACCACAUAAUAACGGCACCAAUUUCUGUUUAUCAAAUGAAUUGAAUACAGGAGGAGAAAUUUGUUCUUACUCUCUCAAUGAAAAUAACUCAUUUGAAGGAAAGGAUACUAAUAAAAAGAAUUGUGCAAAACUGUUAAAGGAAACAGAUGAUAUUAAUAAAAAUGAAACAUUUUUUUUAAAUAAAGAAAACAGAGAAAAUAAAUAUAGUAAUAAUAAAGACAUUAAAGGGGAACAAAUAAAAACUCAAAAUGAUAUGACAUUAUAUAAUAAUAUGGAAAGUAAUAUGAUGACUUAUAAAAAUAUGGAAGAAAAUAUGGCACCCAAUAAAAACAUGGAAACUACUUUUUCAUACUUUAAUAUUUGCGAUAAUAAUAAUAAUAAUAAUAGUAAAAGUAAUUAUAGUGACUCCAAAAAGAUAAAUCCAAAUAGUAAUAGUAAUGGUAAUAGUAAUGGUAAUAGUAAUGGUAAUAGUAAUAGUAAUGGUAAUGGUAGUAGUAGUAGUAAUAAUAAUAAUAAUAGUAAUAACAAUUUUGAAAACAGAUGGGAUAAAAAUACGUGGAAAAAAACAAGCAAUAUACAAUCAGUAGAAGAAAAUAACAAACAUGAUAAUACGUUUUUUAAUUUCAUAGAUAAAAUGGAUACUACAAGAUGUCAAGGAGGAAAUAUAAGAAGUAAUAAAUAUUCAAAUUAUAAUUACAUAGAAGAAAAGAAUUCUGAAAAAAAUGAAUCAUCUAAUUUAAACAAUUUCAAAAACCAAUUUGGUGCAACCCCUAAAAAUCUGUUUUUUUUUAAUAAUUCAAAUGAAUCAGAAAUUUCAAAUAUUAAUAUGUAUAAUAAAUUUUUUGUUAAUGAAAAUAAUUUAUAUUCAGUAGAUGAAAAAAAUGAAAGACAUAAUAUACCUGCAGAAAAAAAUAUUGAGCAUACUAUAAAUAGAAUAAGAAAUGAAACGCCAUCAUCAUAUAAUGAAAAGACAAAAAAUAUAAGUUCCUUUUUAAAUGAUAUAUGGUAUAAUAAUGGUAAUAAUAAUAUUAUUAUGUAUAACAAAAAUAGUAAUUUACAUGAUAAUAAUAAUAAUAUUGUUCAUAAUAGCAAUAGUAUGCAUUACCAUAUCAAUGAUAUCCAUAGCAAUAUGAAAAGAGAUAAUUAUGCGAAUAAUAAUAAGUGGAAUAAUAAUAUAAAGGGAAAUAAUUCAUAUGAAUAUAAUUAUAAAAAAGAAAAUAAUAAUAAUAAUAAUAAUAAUAUGUUUUAUUGUAAUAUAAAUAAUAAUAAUAAUAAUGAUCAUAUGUCUGAAAUAGAGUUUAAACAAUUAAAUGGUAUUAUUGAAAAAAAGAAGGAAUAUUUAAAUGCUGUUUCUAAAGAAGACCAAGAAGAUUUGGAUGAUAAAGAAAAUAAAACAACACAAUAUUUUAAAAAUAUGAAAAUUUUGUUUACAUUUUUAAAUAUAUAUGCAAAACAAAAUUCAUUAGAUAUAGAUGAUUUUUUUAAUGAUGAAAAAAAUAUGGACUUGUUUGAAAUGUUAAUUAAUAAGAAACAAUUUGAUAAAAAAGAUUUGGAAUAUGUAUUUAAUAUGUUACAAUUAAAAAAUAAAGAAAAGGAAAAAAUGAAAAAAGAAAUAUUAAAUCAUAAUGAAUAUUUUAAAGAAAAUUAUAACCAUGAUAAAGUAGUAUAUACAAGAUCAAAUACCAAUAUGCUUAAUAUGAAUUAUAACAGUUCCAAUAGGUAUCCUCAAGGUAACAAUAUUAAUAGUAAUCAUAAUAUUUCUCAAAGGAAUGAAAACAACUAUUAUGUGAAAAAUAAUGAUGCACCAUAUGAUUUAGAUAUAAAUAACAUAAUAUAUACAAAUAAUAAUUUUACAAAUUUAGAUAAAUAUGAAAAUAGCAACUUCAAUAUGGAAAUAAAAAAAAUUAAUGAUAUGAAUGUAUACGAUAAUAAGUUUAUACCAAAUGUUCAGAAUAAUGUCACUAAAUAUAUGUAA